AUGCGGUACACCUUGGUCAUCACCGCGCUCCUGGCCUCUAGUGUGAUGCUGACGUACGUGACGAAUUCCUUCGCGGAUCCCAGCCUCAACGUGGCAGAAGCCAACUCCCAGGCUGAGCUUCGCUCCCCUCCUGGCGACUCCAAAGACACUUAUGCCUCCCAGUUGCAAAGGGCACACGAGACAACGAACCCAGAAGAGAGAAUACCAUCCAUGAUCAGCACCGCGUUGGAGAGGAUCAACUCUUUCGCAGCGAAGAUCUACGGGGUUUGGCAAGCCAGGGCGUGGCUGAAGGAGGACAUGAGUGCUGAAGCGAUUCUGAACCAAUUCCAUGCCAAAUUACCUAGUAUAGAUGGCCAGAACGAUUUCGAGGCCGUCUGGAAUAGUCUCAGACAACGGGACCUGUUGGCUUUGAAGAAGUUCAUGGAGGUGACAACCAAAAAGGAUCCUCACGGUGCCGGCGUGUUAAUGAAUGCUUUUUUAGUGAAGUACGGAAGCGCAGCCACAACAGAGGUGUUACUCAAGGCUCAAGUAUCUGGCAAGAACUUCCGGGCUGCAGCGGCUACAGAGAUUUUGGAUGAGCAGGUGCACGGUUGGUUUCGCGAAGGAAAGUCCAUACCCGACGUGUUCCAUACUCUAGGGCCGCUGUGGGGAUACAAGAUCUUUGAACUACCAUUUUUGGAAAGACUGCGAGCGUAUAUCGAAUGCUACAACCUCCGAAGAGGAACGGCAUAUACACUGCAAGACAUGUUGAGAGAACAGUCUCCUUUCCCGGUAGCUGUGUUCAGUACGUUAGUAGCAGAUGCAAAGGCGGUUCCUCACGCCAGCGAUAUUGCGAAGCGUGUGCAGGGCGAUCUGGUUGCUGAAUGGAACACGCGCGGGCUAUCCGUCGAUGACGUCAUUGAUAUGCUGAUACCUCACCCUUUGAACCUGUUCGAGAACAAGUACAGGGACACGGUGAUAGCGUUCAUGGUGCACAAAGGAUUCAAAGAAGAGGAGAGGAACGCUUAUCUGAACAGGUGGUUGAUGGAAUCCUUCGGUAGAAGUGAAUUCAAGUUUGCCCAUCAACUGGUAGUAUUGCAGAAAUACGAAGGGCAGGCGGAGGCAGCUCGCCAGUGUGAGACAUGGUUGUUCCAGCAGUGGAAGGACAAGGGCAAAACUUUUAAAAGCCUCUUUUACGAAAUCGACGAAUGUGAAGAUAUUAGUACUUCCGUUGCGAUCGAAAUAGUGCAUCGAUAUGCACGCUGGAGUAAGACCUUACCGAAGUAG